AUGGAACUGAGUACAACGGGUUGUGGUACAACAUUCAAGACACCUUCGGCAAAAACAAGUAGAUUGCGUUUCACAUAUACAGAUGAUCUGGUGCUGUUACGAGAAUUUCUGGCCCAUAAUCCCAUGGGGAAUCAAGAUAAAUGGGCAAUAAUUCAAAAGAACGUAGAGCUUACAGUACAAAAAAGUUUUUCUAUCCGGACACUGAAAUACCAUCUACAAUUAUUGCUGGAAUUGUGGCUGAAAAAAGAAAAAAUUGACAAAAAAAGAUCAGGGGUUGAGGAGCCUUAUUCUGAAAAAGAUAUAUUGCUGCAAGAAAUCAGCACAUUAUGUUCAGAGUCUGAUUUUCAAGUAAAGCGAAAAAGGCCCCUUUCUAAAGAACAACACCUGUCAGAACUUGGGAAAAAGGCUCGCGAGUCCCAUGCUGUGCGUUUCUAUGAAGAGAGUAAUGAUAUUAUAACCGAGAUAAUAACUGAGGAGUUUAGCCCUCAAAAGGACAUUGAGAUCCAUGAGAUAGAUGAUAGUAAAAAACAUAAACCUGAAGAUGAACAUAACUAUUUUGCCUCUGAAGAAAUUCAAAUCAUCAAUGAAGUGGCAAUAGAUUCUGAAGUCUGUGAAGAAAAUACCAAGGAAAAUACAAGUUGGGUUCAAUUACCUGCAACUGAGCCUGCAACUUCUAUCAAAAAACAUGACCAACCAAGGGUCAGGCCUUUGGGUGAAGUUUUUCAAGGAAAUAUACAACGAGAAACUCCAAAAAAAGGAACCAUUUUAACCCCUACAGGAAAGAGAACAUAUAAAAGAGAGCCUAUGAGAAAAAAUGCACUAUCUUAUUUAUCAGAAAAAGGCCAAAGAGAGAAUGAAUUAAGAAAGAGAGAACUAGAUUUAGAGGAGAGAAAACUGAGUCUUGAAGAAAGGCGAUUAACACUUCAAGAAAAAAAAUAUGAAAUUGAACAAAAGAGGAUGGAAAUGGAAGGUAAAGAGAGACUUCAUAGAAUUGAAUUGGAAAGGGAAAGAGCUGAGGCUGAACUCAAACAGAAAAAAGUAACAUCACAGCUAUUAGAAUCCCAACAACAAUUAAUUAGUAAACUAUUAAGUAAAUAG